CCCAUUCCUCCCCUUCCUCCAACUCCUCUUCGUCUCCUCCACCCCCCGCUCCCUCUACCACCAGCACCGCGGGACCGCUUGCUCGUCUCGUCGCAGACCGUCCCCGAGCCGGAACCCUAGCGGCUGCCAUUGCCCGCGCGCCGCGCGCCCGAUGGACGGCGGGGGCUCCGGGCCGGCGCCCAACGCCGCGCGCACCGCGGACGAGGUCUUCCGCGACUACAAAGCCCGCCGCGCCGGCAUGAUCAAGGCGCUCACCACCGAUGUGGAGAGGUUCUUCAAGCUCUGUGACCCCGAAAAGGAGAACUUGUGCCUUUAUGGCUAUCCCAAUGAGACGUGGGAGGUGACCUUGCCAGCUGAGGAAGUGCCCCCAGAGAUCCCUGAACCAGCAUUAGGAAUCAACUUUGCUAGGGAUGGCAUGAAUGAGAAGGACUGGCUGGCGCUAGUUGCAGUCCACAGCGAUUCCUGGUUACUCUCUGUUGCAUUCUACUUUGGUGCACGGUUUGGAUUUGACAGAGAAGCUAGGAGGCGACUCUUUAGCAUGAUAAACAACAUGCCCACAAUAUUUGAGGUAGUGACAGGAGCAGUCAAGAAGCAGGCAAAGGAGAAGACACCUAACAGUAGCAGCAAGAGCAACAAGCCUAGUUCAAAAGUGCAGUCAAGAGCAGAGUCUCGUUCAAAGGCUAAGGUUCCCAAAGAUGAAGAAGAGAGCGGCGAUGACGAUGGGGAUGAGGAGGCGGAGGAGCACGACAACACCCUGUGUGGAACCUGCGGAACCAAUGAUGGCAAGGACCAGUUCUGGAUCUGCUGCGAUAACUGCGAGAAGUGGUACCAUGGGAAGUGCGUCAAGAUCACACCUGCCCGAGCUGAGCACAUCAAGCAGUACAAGUGCCCAGACUGCACCAACAAGAGGGCCAGGGCAUGAGCGACGAGCAUCCCAUCGGCGACCUUGCUAGGAAGGAAGAAAGCACCCUCCUGGCGUCAAAGAUCCCUAGAUAUGGCGUAGCUCCCUAGUCUGUAAGCCUGCAUUUUCAUUCAUGGUUAUUAUUAUAUCUGUUCAUUAGCUGUUCGACCUAGCAGUGUCUUAAAACGUGACAUGUCUCCUGUGCUGAGCGUUGACAUGGGCCCUCCUCCCUCUAGUCUGUAAACGCUGUCACUGAAGGUACCUCUCAACUGACCAUUUCUUCAUAUUGUUGGUGUCGUGCAAUGAGUAGUGGCUGUAGUCUUUGUUCCCA